AUGAAUGCUUCACCAGCUCUUCAAAUCCUUUUCUCACCAUCACAUGCGCUUGAUAAACAGCAACUGAAACCAAUAUUCGACUACAAAAACCCUAGUAUAUCAAACCAACCAACAGACCCGAAAGCAAUCAGUUACCUUCCAGGGGAUCCUUCUAUCGGCCUGGAGGAAACCACGGUUAAUGAUCACCUUUCUGGAGAACUCAAAACCUAUCUUCUAGACGAGCUUUAUAACCAUUUAUGGCUUGUUGGGAGACGCUCUGGUCGGAGUAUCGACGCCCUUCAUGCACAAAGACUCAAAGGCCGAAGCGUCGUUCCUACCGAAGACCCUAACCUUCACCUCGUCUGGCAUCAUAACCAGAUUUACAUAAAACCCGUCCCGGUGUGUCUUUUCAACUAUGACUUCUGGGAGAUUUACCUUUGUCCAACAAAGAAUAAUAAUCAUCCGAUGUCUUCUACCUUCGAUUCCUCUAUCGCCAUGGGAUUUCUGAGAUCGUAUGCCUUUCUCAUAUCGCAUCGCUUGGACUUCAUCAUAGCAAAAGAAUCUCACUUGAUCCCCGAGGAUAUUGACUGGAUUGCCUGGUCCAAAUUCAUCCAAAGAUUCCGGGAACUAGGCGACGAACAGGUGGCAAAACGAUUCCACUAUGGGCAGCUACGCCUCUCACGCCUCAACUGGGUGGUUCGCAUCUUUCGCCCGCAGCACGCCAACACACUGUGGUUUUAUCACGUCCCCCAUUGGUCAAUCACUACGUACCUUUCCCAGGCAACUAUCCCGCUUCUGUUUAUUUUCGCUAGUGUUUCAGUCGUUCUCUCAGCCAUGCAGGUGGUUUUUAUCGUGUUCGUUCAUGGCCUCGGGUCGAAUCCUGAUACGACAUGGAGGGCUAGAAAAUUGACACAAACGACGAGCGCAUCGACAGAAUACCCGACGUGGGUUAGUGACUUUCUUCCAGAUGAUCUCAGUACACCGGAUCAUCAAGAUGUGCGGAUCUUUUUCUUCAACUUCGAUUCAUUUUGGAAGAGGGAUGCGGUCCAGACACGCCUCUCGAAUAUUGGCAAUGACCUACUCGAGCAUAUCACUAACACCAUACGUCAAUCAGAAGUGUGUGUCCGCGAGCAGUCAGCGAAAUAUGGAGGGGGUAAAGUGAGGAAUAUUGGCCUCCCUGUUGACCACUCAGGAUUGAAUAAGUUUGGAUCUCGAGACUCCAGUUACCAGACUAUCCUGGCUAUCCUGGUUAAUACAAUGAGUGCGAAAUCUCCUAAAAGGCUGCGUCAGGUGCCGAACAAUCAAGCUGAACUUUCCAUCCCACUCCAGCUACCAAUGGCUAGGAACGAUAGAUUCACUGGCAGGGAAUUUCUCUUACAGCAGAUACAUUAUCAUCUACAGGAAGACUGCCAAGAUAUGCAGCAAUGCAUCGUCGCACUUUAUGGUCCUGGUGGUAUUGGAAAGACACAAACCGCGGCUGAAUAUGCCUAUCAUUAUCAAUCGCGUUAUAACUCUGUGUUUUGGAUUGAUGGGGCUAGUGAACAUACUAUCAGACAAAGCUUCUCCGUUGCUGCAGGACAAAUCCUGAAAAGCUGGCGCAUAUUGAAUCAUAAUGAAACAGCCUAUCGGAUAUUCGCCAAAGAGUUUGGAGUUGGGUCCUUUGAAGAUGGAAAGACUUCCAGUACCCCAACCGCCCAUCAAGCUGUCAAAGGAGUAAUUGACUGGCUGUCUCAGCCUGAAAACAGUGCAUGGCUCUUGAUAUUUGACAAUCUAGAUGACCUAGACUCAUUUGACAUUCGGGGCUAUAUGCCCAGCUCUCGACACGGGAAUAUCCUCAUAACGAGUCGGCGGACGGACGUCUCGGGAUAUUGGAAGAGUAUCGAAGUAGAGAGAAUGAGUGAGAAUGAGGCGAAAUCUUUACUGGCGAAAAGCUCUGGAUUUUUUGGGGAUAUGAAUGAAGAAGUCUCCCUGGAGCUGCUCCAGUUGCUAGGGUUUUUUCCGCUGGCUAUAGAACAGGCCGGCGCCUACAUUUCUGUCCAGCACAAAUUUCUUCCCCAUGAGUCUGGCCUCUACUCUCAGGCACUCCAACGUUAUAUUCAUGAAUAUCAUGUGAAUGCAGAGAGGCUCCUGAAGCACAAGCGGCCACAGUCAAUAUGGGACUAUCGAAAUGACACAAUACUUACUACUUGGGAAGUCUCACUGCAAAGAAUUGAGAUGGAUAUCCCAGAAGCUUCUGAGCUGCUUCUUCUCUGCGGGUUUUUGUCAAACAAUGAUAUCUUCGAGGGACUAUUCACAUAUAGUCGAUUUCAGCAAUACAAAAAGAGCUAUUCACGCCAAGAGUAUGUCUUUUUUGAGAGUCGAGUCUCAUCUCAUCUUCAUGCGGCCCUCAAGAAUGUUCAGAAUCUGCCCUCUAAAACCAAGUCCUUAGAACUUAGAAACUCCUCCGGUCCGCCCAGUGAUAUUUCUCUGCCACGUCCACUCUCAGUGGUGUAUGCAAUUACAGAAGGAUGGCUUCUUUGGAUGAGGGCAGCCAUCCUAGAAAUCAGGUUGUCUUUCUUCUCAGCUUUUUACGAGGAAGAACAAGUCGAAAACGACAUAUGGUGGCUUGCAUACAAGUUGACCGUCACUUUAAGAGACCACACCCUGCUUGAACAUACAGAACAACUCUUUCGCUGGCAAUUCGCAGAGGCGAGCCAAGCACUACAUCCAAAGCAUCCCCGUGCGCUAUAUAUCGCCGGGGAUAUUGCUUGGAUACUACUACUCCAGGAUCGCAUUGAAGAGUCAAGAAAGUGGUAUGAAUGGCUCCUAUCAUCCAGACAAAAGGUCCAAGGCCCACAGCACUAUGCAACCCUUGGUGCUGUCAUGGGUAUAGCUUCUAUACUGGAAAGAGAUGGAUCGUACCAUGAAGCACUAGAUCUAAGGAUGAUGGCAUAUGAAGGCCGAGCGGCUAGGUUGGGUAUAGAAAAUCCCUUGACCCUUAAUUCAGCCCAAGCUAUUGGGCGUCAGCUUUUCAAUGAAGGGAGGUACAAUGAUGCAGUCAAAUGGUUCCAACUCGUGUUCUAUGGAAGAAAUACAACACUGGGCCCCGACCAUGAAGACACAUUAGAAAGUGCCCGUUAUAUUUCUCGCAGUCUCUUCUAUCUCAAUCGAUAUAAUGAGUCAUUAGAAUGGGACCAGAUUAUAUGGAAAGAGAGAAAUAAGAUAUUAGGCCCCGACGAUAAAGACACAUUGCAAACUGUCCACAAUAUUGCACUGAGUCUUUUCCGGCUCGAUCAACAUAUUGAGGCAUUGAAGUGGGGUCAGAUUGCAUGGAAUGGGAGAAACAGGACAUUGGGCCCCGACCAUAAAGACACAUUACACAGUGCCUGUUAUAUUUCUCACAGUCUCUUCCAUCUCAAUCGACACAAUGAGUCAUUAGAAUGGGACCAGAUUGUAUGGAAGGAGAGAAAUAAGACAUUGGGCCCUGACCAUGAAGACACAUUGCAAACUGCCCACGAUAUUGCACUCAGUCUUUUCUGGCUCGAUCGACAUAUUGAGGCAUUGAAGUGGGGUCAGAUUGCAUGGAAUGGGAGAAACAGGACAUUGGGCCCCGACCAUGAAGACACAUUACACAGUGCCCAUAAUAUUGGUGAAAGUCUUUCUUUGCUGAAUCGACACAGUGAGGCAUUAGAAUGGAUGCAAAUUGCUUGGGAAGGGAGAAACAAGACAUGGGGCCCUGACCAUGAAGAUACCUUAGCAAGCACUCGUGGUAUUGGGGUUAUUUAUUUCGCUCUCGGUAAAUAUGAUGAAGCAAUGAAGUGGUUGAAUUCGGCAUUACCGGGUAGCCUGCGGAUAUUAGGCAGGGACCACGAGGAUACCAAAAAUGGAAAUGAAUGA